UCUGUGCACUGCUCCCCUCUCUCUCUGUCUCCCUCUCACACACACACCAUGCUGCCCUGGAGAAGGAGCAAGCUGGUCCUGCUGGAUGAAGAAAGCCAGGCGAAGGCGAAGAGUUUGUCGGCCGGCGGUGUGACCUACAGCACGCUGCUCUCCUCCUUGGUGCGGGCAUGCCCUGGCAUUUGGCCGCAGUGCCCGCUGCCCCGGCUCGGCAACAUGUUCAGGAGCAGGCGGCAGAAGCUGCAGUUGACCCGGGACGCCCCGAGCUACACGGUCUGGUACCUGGGUAACGCGGUCACCUUUACCGCCCGCGGGGACGGCUGUACCGAGCAGGCAGUGGCCAGGAUCUGGGCACGGUGUGAGCAGGGCACAGCAGGUACCAAGAUGAAACUCACCAUCGGCCCUCACGGCAUCCGGAUGAGGCAGGCGGAAUACAAAUGCAAACAGAGCGGCCACUUGUACCUUCUGCACCGGAUCACGUACUGCGCGGCGGACGGGCAGCGGCGGCGGGUCCUGGCCUGGGUUUACCGGCACCAGGUGAAGCACAAGGCGGUGGUCCUGCGGUGCCAUGCGGUGUUGUUGUCCAAAGCUGCUCGGGCCCAGGAACUAGCGGCUCAGCUCCAGCAGCUCUCCCGCUCCGCCUUCACCGACUUCAAGCGGCUCAAGCGGCAGGAUGAUGCCCGCCACCGGCAGCAGCUGCGGCUCGGAGAGGGUAUGGUGCCCCUGGUACCCAUCAGGAAGCUCCUAAACAGCCAGUGCCCGUACCGACCCCCGCUGGAGGGGACCAGGAGUGGCCUCACGCUACUGCCCAUCGCCGAGGAUGUGGCCGGGGAGGAGCAGGAAGAGCGGGAGCUAGCCCCUGGCACUGAGACUGGUAUCGCCACCGUGUGCCACCAGCUCAGCUCCUGGCACAUCGACCCCUCCCUGCACCAGUCUCCCCGCCUAUACCCACUCCCCCCGGGGCAGGCACUGGGCACAGGCCGGGAGCGGGUGGACUGA